AUGCUUCCUCCUUCCAGAAUGCCCCCCUUCCUCGCCUUCACAUCCUGGUCCCGCUCUCUCUCGACCUCCACCCCAGACGGCAUUGUCGGCCUACAACUCGGGCCCAAGUCCCGCCUCGUCGUCCUCAAUAAGUGGACGCAGGUGCGCGACCUGUUUGACUCGCGUGGCAAAGGCGUCAUCUACUCCGACCGGCCUUACUUCCCCAUCGCUGACUACGUGAUACCCAGCCCGGGGCCGGACCUGCACCUCGCUCUCGCGCGGUACGGCGCGACAUGGAGGAAGGAGCGGCGGACCAUCGUGGAGUUCCUGAGCGAGAGGGAGAUGGAGAGCCUGGUGAGCAUCCAGGAUGCCGAGAGCAGCCAGAUGAUGUGGGAGCUUCUGGGCCUUAGCAACGGCGGUGCCGGCGCCGCUGAGCUGACGGCGUAUCAUCGAUACGUGCUGCGAUACUUCGGCGCGGUGAUCCUAGCCAGCGUCUUCGGCGUCAGAGGCAAGGAUUCGGACGCGCAGAGUAGAGUGGGAAGGUUCUUCUCUGUCCAGGACGAAUGGGCGGGGAUCCUCGACCAGGGCCAGACGCCCCCUCUGGACAUAUUCCCGUGGCUGAAGCACGUGCCUGAUUUCCUCACGCCGUGGAAGGGCUGGAGGGAGCGGGCAAAGUUUCUGAGGACGAGGCAGAAGAGCCUCUAUCGUGAGCUCCUUGCGGAGACGCAGGCGAGGGUCAACGCCGGCAAGUCGGAGGACUGCUUCAUGGGCAAACUCAUUAUCAACCAGAAGGCUGCUGUCGAGUCGGGCCGGGCCAAGGAUAUAUACACACAACAGGAGCUAGACUACAUCGGCGGGUUUCUUAUGGAGGGAGGGGCGGACACAACAGCUAUGGCCUUUGAGACGUUCUUACUCGCAAUGGCGGCGAACCCUGACCUGCAGGAACAGGCGCAGGAGGAAAUCGACCAGGUAUUCGGGCAGAACGAGAUGCCGCACACGGCUGAUGGGAAUAAACUGCCCUUCCUUAAGGCCUGCUUCCUCGAGGCCUUGCGAUGGCGGCCGCCUUUUCCAAUCGCCAUUCCACACGCCAACACAGCCGAAGACGUCUACCAAGGAAGCUUGGUCCCGAAAGGAACAACCGUAAUCGCCAACGUGUGGGCAAUCUCUCACGACCCGGAAGACUUCGAUGACCCUGACUCAUUCAUUCCGUCCCGGUACCUCGCCGAUCGCUUCGGGUGCAAAACCAAGGAAACCAAUGCCGGGAGCACAGAGGCAGGCGAAGGCAUAGAUUCCGAUGCUCUUAAUGCUGCUGCUGAAGUCUCCAGCUCUGGACGAAGGCAAACAUAUGCCUUUGGUGCGGGGAGAAGGGUUUGCGCAGGCCAGCGCAUGGCAGAGAAUAACGCCAUGAUGACCAUGGCGAAGCUGAUCUGGUCUUUUGAAGUGGUCUACGGUGGCGAUGGGAAGCCUAAUGUGGACGUCCGAAGCGCUUAUAGGGAUUCGAUUCUCACCGGGCCAAAGUUGUUUCCGGUCAGGUUCGUCCCUCGGAGUGGGAGCAAGAGAGAUAUCAUCAGGAAGGAGUGGGAGAAGGCAGAUCAAUUUCUCAGCAAGUUUGAGUGA